AUGAUAUUAUCUGACCAAAGAAUAUUAUUUAAAAGAGAUAUUGGUUCAGCACGUGAAAUGCUUUUUCGAGCGAAACAAUUUCCAAUAAAUAAUGAUAAUUUCUUUCAACGACCACAUCAAUCACUUCCAUCACCUGAUGUUUUACGUUCACGUUGGAUAGAAUUAUUUAAUGAACAUAAUAAAAUCAAGGAACCAUUAAACAUUGAAGAUUCAAUAUCACAAGAACAACAACAACAAUGA